CCAUACCACAGAGAAGCCUGCUGCUCCUCAGGUUUGAUCCCGCCCUUCCUAGUUGGAGGGGUGCCAAGUGGCCAUCUCUGACUACUGGGUCAUUGGCAUUCUAUUACAGGCUAUUCACAUGAAUGCUUCUGUACGUAAACUGUCAUCUGAAGAUUGAUCAUUACAACCCUUCUAUGCCGAUGGGUUUGCGGUCUGGAUAGCCUAUAGCCUCUCUGGGUCUGGGUAUGAAUGCCCAAUUGUGAUGGCCCCAGACUUGUGCAAUCACAUUUACUCUUCUUCCCAUUGCCUUGACAGAAGCCAGACAACAUUGAUUUUGUGGCUUGUGCUGAAGGGAAUGUGCCUCCAACUGCAGCAUUACCUGUGUUAUGUGCACAAGCUCCACCUCUAUUGGCCCGAGUAACUUAAUGACUUUGUGUUGUGACCGGGGUGGCUGAGAAAUGCUAAUGCUCGCAAUAUGCCAAUAUCGACCACAGAGCGAGGUUGUAUCUGUUGAAAUUCAAAAGCCAUCCAAUUCCAAUAUCCUAGGUUGAUACAAUUCACCAGCUCUCCUCUGCAUUGGAACAUCAUAAGCUCAAGGGAUUAGGCUCAGACUCAAGAGAAUUCAAGGGUUAGGGGCCUACUCUACCCCAGUACCCUACGAGCCAGCCAAAGAAUCAGCACUUCCACGUGGCAAACCGAUGCUGGUGUACACGCAUGAGACAUUCAAAUCUGAUGGUAUUGAAGGGUGAUUUGGUGAUGAAGGCGUGUAGGUUAAGGUUAGGUAAGGUUUGUUCAUUGACAGGACAAGACGACACACCAGAGGCAGGUCCAAGGCAACCCCUGUCCUUAUUAGGCCACCGGGUGUCAGACUUAUGUUUGAUGUUGGCAUGUUGCCUCCUCUACUGAGCGAUUCUGAGGAAGUCUCGACUGAGUCGAGACUCUUCUUUAAUUUCUACAAUGCUACUCUAGCCGCGUUCCUGCGUCUGGGUUUGGCCCCCCCAAUAACGAAGGAGUUCACUUUUGCUACGACGAGGGCCGUGCAUCACGGCCUUCCAUAUUGAUGUGGGCCACAGCAAUAAAUUGAGAGGCCGUGAUUUCACGGUCAAGCGAAGGGUCAAACUGGUCGAGGUGGCAAAGAGUCCCAUACACUGUGCACUGUCCUCUUCUCUCAUGCAUCCAUCCAUCUGAGCUGAGGCAACCUUGAAAGCCCAGAUAGAGUUACAAGAAUACCCCCAUCGGAUCUUUAUCUCCAUCUCGCUUACGUGACCGAAUUAACCCUCAUUGUCAUUGGUAUUGGCGUAUUGCCCCAAUAUCAACAAUCCAAUAAAGAGAGAAAGAGGCCGAUCUGGUAUCGGGUUUCGAUGAUCUGUCUCUCUGUCCCUCUCUGUGUAUCAGUAUGUGGUAGUGGUACCAUAUGCGAAUUGCUUCAAUUCUCAAUUCUCAAGAGCGCGACAGCUUUGAUUUCGUUCUUCUCUGAUUCUCUCAAGUCUCAAUCAGAGGAAUUACUAUAGUGCAAGUGCACUCGUUUGUUGAUGGAUGUGGACUGUUCCAAGUUGGAUAGCCGUUGGACAAGGUUGAGAGGGCAUUUUAGUCGUUUGACGACCUCAGCGGCAACGCGGCACGGGACACAGCAGCUGCGACCUGCGAACUAGCGGAGCGGGUAAUUCUGUUAUUACUUACAUUACCGACACCACAAAACCCACCACCCUAUUCUUUUAUCUUCUCAAAAUUUCCACACUCUGGAGUCUAGUCCACCCUCCUCACCAUGACCGCCAUGGCAUUGGCAACUACCACCACCACCACCUCAGCUCAAAUUCUCCGCCACGCUACCAACUUCAUCAUUGCAACUCUUUCUCAGUCCCACCUCCGCCACCACCUCUUCUCCGUCUUACGUCGUAAACUUCCUCCCUCCCACCAGAACCUUAGCCCACUCAACCUAGCCGUUGAAACCCUCGAAAAAGCCAUUUCAGUUGCUAACCAUGCCACCAGAUCUUCCAUUCUACGCCUCGUAGAAAAGCUCCUCUCCUCUUACGCUGACAACGCCUUCUCUUCCUUUCUUCUGUCCCUUAUGUACGGUCUCUGCCAUCGCCCCGAUGACGCCGCUCUCCGACUCCUCGACCUGUUCUAUUUGGAUCCCUCCACUGCCAGGUCAGAAAUAGCUCCGUCCCUAUUCGAAGAGCUCUUUCUCCUUCACCUCCUCCCGAUCCUCCAAUGGUUCAAAGAUCAGAGAUCCAGAAUUUUGUCGUCUGUGUCGUCGGAUUCCAGUUAUGGUGUUGAUGAACGGUCUGUAUCAGCCGAGGCAUUGGCAAAAUCAUGCACGAGAUUACUGUCAAGGAUGAGUUUGGAUCAAGCGGCAAAGCUGAGGGAGCUGGAGAGGGACUACGAGGAGGUUGUGGACGAGAACUGCAGGGAAUUGGCGGGGUAUUUUAAGCAAGUAUUAAGGUAUAAGGAUACAAUUGAAUCGAUUUCUCCACCGCCGUUGAUAUUGACGAAGAUCUGCCAAGGUGGAGAUUUUCGGCACGAUGUAGAGGAUAAGAUCAAAGUGGAAGAACUUGGAUCGACCACCAGCGCCCGGUACAACCCAAUUUGGGCAGAAGGAGAUAUCUCAGUUGAAUUCUGCACCAGUAGCAGUAGCAAAUCCAAAUAUCCACCAUCAUAUCCUCAACGAGACUCCGGACAUAUCAUCACAAACCAAAAACCAGGCGAUCGAGACUCGAAUUCCCGACUUGAAUCUUCCAUGGACAACAAUUCGACUGAUUAUACUUCUUCAGAAGCGGAAGCCGAAAUGGAGGAAAAUAACAGAGGAAUGGCAUUGUUCCAGUCCAACCAAAACCGAUUUCACAAAGAAAAGCAACCUAUGUCUGCAGAUUCCAGCUGUUCUUCAGAUCCUCUUGUGGUGGAGUCUGAUAAUCCUUGUGGUGGCUGGAAACAUACACCUCCCAAGGACUUUGUCUGUCCAAUUACCACCCACCUCUUUGUAGACCCAGUGACCCUCGAGACGGGUCAGACCUAUGAGCGUAAAGCAAUUCAAGAAUGGCUGGACAGAGGAAAUUCUACAUGCCCCAUCACGCGCCAGAAGCUGCAUAACACUCAACUGCCCAAGACAAAUUAUGUCCUCAAACGGCUUAUUGCAAGUUGGAAAGAAAUAAAUGCUGGGGUAGUCCAAGGACAAUAUGAGGAUCCACAUUCCAAGACUAACCCAUUGUUAAACUCGACGAGGCCUUCUUCUUCUCCGACCAGUGUAAUAAUGAGCCAAGCAAUCACUCAUGAUAUGGUUACCAAGCUACGCCUUGCCAUCACCAACCUUUGUAUGUCGGAAGUUCUGACGGAGUCAGAAAUGGCUGUCCUCCAAAUUGAAAGAUUCUGGCGAGAAGCCAACACGGAGCCAGAAAUUCAGAACAUGCUCUCGAGACCUGCAGUUGUCAAUGGGUUCAUCGAGGUCCUUCUCAAUUCCAUUGAUCCUCAUAUGCUGAUGGUCACGGUAUUUCUUCUCUCGGAGCUAGGUUCAAGGGACCAAGGCGUGAUUGGGACACUUGCCAGGGUUGACUCUAAUGUUCAAUAUGUGGCUGCCCUGUUCAAGAAGGGGCUUCUGGAGGCUGUUGUACUAAUUUAUCUAUUGAGGCCUUCUACUGCAAGCCUUGUUGAAAUGGACAUGGUUGAAUCGCUCCUAACGGUUAUUAAGAAGAAAGAGGAGGAUUUGUUUGGGAUGUGCCUGAGACCAAAGACGGCUGCAGUGCUUUUGUUGGGGCAAAUAGUAGGAAGUACAGGGGAGGGUAAUGUGUCUAUAAUUGCACAGACUUUGGUUUCUGCAAAAGAUAUUGAAGCUAUUGUUGAGAGCUUAAAAGCUGAUUGGGUGGCGGAGAGGAUUGCAGCAGUUGAAAUCUUGUUGAGAUGCGUGCGGAAGGAUGGGAAAUGCAGAAAUUGCAUUGCUAAUAGUGCUGAACUGACUCUUGUUUUGGAGAGCUUGAUGGGAGCAAAUGAUAGGGAACGGUUUACCAUUGUUCAAUUUCUUUACGAAUUAGUUAAGCUAGACAGGAGGACAUUCAAUGAGCAGCUUCUUCGUAUCAUGAAGGAUGAAGGUGCUUUUAGUAUGAUGCAUACCCUCCUUAUUUAUCUACAAACAGCCCUCCAGGAGCAACGCCCUGUGGUUGCCGGUCUUCUUAUCCAACUUGAUCUUCUGGUGGAGCCAAGAAGGAUGAGUAUAUAUCGUGAAGAGGCCAUAGAUGCCCUCAUUUCAUGCCUCAGAGAUUCUGAAUUUCCCACCACUCAAAUAGCAGCUGCCGAGACAAUUGUAGCCCUGCAAGGGAGGUUCUCUUCUUCUGGGAAGCCUCUUGCUCGAAUCUUUCUUCUAAAACGUGCAGGACUUGACAGAGGUUACAAAACUCUAAUGAGAACAGAGAAGCUAAGCAACAUCUUUGGAGAGUCUGAGGAGAAUUUGGAAGAAGAGAGAGCAGCAAAUGAAUGGGAAAGAAAAAUAGCAUUUGUUCUAGUCAGUCAUGAGUUUGGCCUACUUUUUGAGGCUUUAGCAGAAGGCCUGAAGAGCAAACAUUCAGAAUUGGCCACAGCAUGCUUUGUCUCUUCCACGUGGCUCACAUACAUGCUCAAUGUUCUUCCAGACACAGGAAUAAGAGGAGCAGCUAGAGUGUGCUUGCUGAAGCAAUUUGUUUCAAUAUUCAAGUCCAGAAAAGACAUUGAGGACAAAGCUCUCUCCAUGCUUGCUCUUAACAGUUUUGUCCAUGAUCCUGAAGGACUGCAGGAUCUUACUUUCCACAUGAAGGAUAUGUUGAAAGGCUUGAGAGAGCUGAAGAAAUCCUCUGCAUUGGCAUCCAAGAUGCUGAGGGUUUUCUCAGAAUGGCACGACCUUGGUCCUGAUCUAUGGAAGCAUAAAGAGUUGAUUCAAGUUGAUUGCAGUGUGAAUGGGGAUGUGCUGUCUAUAAUUUGCUUCAAGGGCAAAAUAUUUUCUGGCCAUUCAGACGGAACAAUAAAGGUAUGGAGUGGUCGAGGUAGCCUUCUUCAUCUUAUCCAAGAAACUCGAGAACAUACAAAAGCGGUCACUAGUUUAACAGUAUUACAAUCUGCUGAUAGGCUAUACAGUGGUUCACUUGAUAAAACUGCAAGGGUCUGGGCUAUUGAGGAUGAAGCAAUCCACUGCACACAAGUUUACGAUAUGAAAGAUCAAGUUUAUAAUUUAAUUGUAGCCAACACUGUUUCAUGCUUCAUUCCACAGGGAGCUGGUAUCAAGGUUCAUUCGUGGAAUGGUGGAUCUAAGUUGCUUAACCCUAACAAAUAUGUGAAGUGCUUAGCUCUUGUACAUGGGAAGUUAUACUGUGGUUGCAGCGAUAAUAGUAUUCAGGAAAUUGAUUUGGCUUCUGGAACACUCUGUACAAUCCAAACUGGCUGUAAAAAACUACUAGGAAAAGCAAGUCCUAUCUAUGCAAUUCAAGUUCAUGAUGGUCUUAUAUACUCAGCUGGCAGCUCUUUAGAUGGAUCAUCUGUAAAGAUAUGGAGCACUUCAAAUUUCAGCUUGGUUGGAUCGCUGCAAUCUACCUUGGAAGUGAGGACCAUGGCUGUAACUUCAGAGCUGAUUUAUUUGGGAUGCAAGAUGGGGAUUGUGGAGAUUUGGUGCAAGGAGAAAUAUAGUAGAGUACAAAUACUACAGACAGGAAGCAAUGGUAAGGUGCUUUGCAUGUCUGUAAACGGGGAAGAUGUUUUGGUUUUUGGAACAUCUGAUGGCUGGAUACGGGCAUGGGGGCUUUGUUAAAGAGAAUCCUUUAAAUCUUGGACAUUGUAGUUUAGAAUGACAAAUAGAAUAGUUGAUUCUUUCAAUCAUGUAUUCUUUUUACACUUUCUGAAGCUUUUUGUGCUUUCCGUUGAUGAUAAUUGUAUAGUUGAAAUUGAACUGUAAUAUUGUUAAGAUUCAUUUGUACAGGAACAAUGUUUGAGUUUUCUGAAAUGAAAUGCCAAUUUAAUUUGCAGAA